CUUGGUAAAUGGACCAAUAAUGUUACUUACAGUAUUAAAAAUUUUGAACUAUGAAAUUUUUUUUAAUAUAUGCGAUAAACUUGUUUAACUUGACACCUACUUUGAAUCAUAAUAUCUUUCAAAUUAACUGCAAUUUCUAAGAUGAACCAUAUUAUCAAAUUUCUAAAACUUGAUUACAUGGCACGAUGGCUCAAUACAGUUAAAUUUAACACCUUAAAGUUGUAGCAAAUUUAAGGUGUUAACUAAUCAAACCAAACUUUAAUUUGGUUUGAGGUUCUGAUAUUAUUGCUCAAUGUUAAACUAAUUUUUCAGGAAGUGUUGCCAGAGAAGAAGCAUUUAUACUCAAAUUUAUUUCCUAAUUUCUAUUUGUAUUUUCUUUAACUGUCAAAAACCAAUGCGCAUGAUUAAUAAACACUAUUAAUCUAACUACUUAUAAAGUUAAUGUGCUUAACGUGAAAAGUUAAACACGAAAAAUGAAAACAGGAAGGGAAAAAAUGUUUAUUUAGUGAAAUUCGAUCAUACAAAAAUUACAGAAAAGGUACUCAAUUUCUAUUCAUUCUAAACAGAAUUAGGCCUUCUUUUUCUGAAAUAUAAGAUGGCAACUUUCCCCAAGUACAAGGUCAGUUUUCACUGAAGGGAUUCAUCAGGCGAUUGGAGCCAAGUGCAUUUGCAAACCAACGGCGAAUGUCACGAGUCCUUAAGUCCACAGAGAAUGCAGGUGAAAUAUUCUUACUUCUCUUGUUUUUAAGGCGAAAUUUGAACACCUGCUUAGGUUUAUCUCUGAUUACGAAGAAGUCUCUGGGCCGCAACCUAAAAGCCUUAGAAGAGAAGUAAAUUCUAGCAGUAGUUAGAUCCUUAUUGAUUCAGAACACAGUGUUUAAGAAUCUUGAGUAUAGAAUAAUUGUUCUGGUUGCUAACAGGUGUAGGCAUCAUUGUUCAUCAGCAUGUAAGUUACGGAAAUUUUUGAACUCAUUUUUAACCCAACUAUCCAAAAGAAAGCCUCAAAAACAUUAUCUGCAUGGAACAAAACCAAGUCGCUUAACCCAUUUAUCCAAAAGAAAGCAUCAAAAACAUUAUCUGCAUGGAACAACACCAAGUCGCUGAAAUCGAAAACAGAAAUGAAAAAGAAGAAGAAAUUGUUUCCAGCAGUCCCGAUUCCGGGAUCAAUGUGUCCUACGAAGACGGGAGGAGCUCUGCGCAAAGUGACGUACAUUCCGAAAAAGCUUCGAACGCAGAGAAGCGAAUCCUUGGUCAGCAAAGUGUGGUACAACCGAACUCUCUGUACCCUUUCUAUUAUAAAUAUCCGGACAAUCGGAAGCUGACUCUUCUUAAAUCUCUUAGCCAGGACAGUGAGUACUCGUUAGAUGCGUCACUUUUCGACGCAGAGGGAUUCUUGCAAGAAAUGGGAUUCGCUGGAUCGUGUGAUCCGAUUAUUCCGGACAGAUUUUUGCCUUCACUUAUCCAGAGGCUUUCACAAUUCCCAGAAACAGAAAUGGAAAGUUUAAACGACCGAAUUGUACAGUCCAUCGGUUGCUUCCGGAGAAAAGAAGGUAAAAGAAGACUCUUUAGAAACCUUAGUAUUGGUAAAGAUUCUCAAAGUGAUCCAUCUCACAGAGGUAAUUUAUCUUGUCCCAACAAUUAUCCGUUGCUGCGAUCGAACACAGGACCUGCUGCAUUUUCCUUCGAUGACCCAUCUUCUGUUAAUGAGUCAACCGAAUCAUCUCGUUACAGCAAACUUAUUUCUAAUGAUAGCAACAAUUCAUCGUUUGCAGAAGAUGAUCUUUUCCCUACUAGUCCUAUCGCAAUACUUGUCUCGGCUGCUAGCAUCGAUGCAGAUAAUGAGGAAAAUAUUUUGGAAGAAUCACCAUCAUGUGACGUGCUUUCUCGGGAUUUUCAGACGAGUUGUUUAGAAAAUUCAAACCAACCAACGGUCGGAGGAAAAGAUGAUGGUGAAAGUGGUAGUGUUUCAGUUGUUGUCGAGCAAAAAAUUCAGGAAGACGCUAGUUUGGAAGAUUCGUCUUCCAAACUAGCUGAUACACUUAAUUUAGAUUUCUCAUCCAAUGAAAUAAAUAAUGAUUCUUUUUCUAAAGCUAUUGUUAAGGAGGAGCAAAGUGAAGUACGUGUUCAGCUAAAAGAGUUCGAAAAUGCUGAGAUAUCGCAGACCAACGCAGACGAUUUCUCAGUCGACAAGAAACCCUUGGAUUGUUCUUUUCAGACAUUUACUGAUAUAGACGAAUCUAUAAAACCUACAAUAAUUAAACAGCCGUUAAGGCGAUUGUCAGAGGGUUCAUUUUUUAAUUUGCGAAAUUUCUCCAUGACACGAGAGCUGAAAACUAGCGAUUUUUCUAAAAACUUUAAUGACAACGUUUUUGAAUCUUUUGAAAAACCAGAUGAAAGCGAUAGCGUCAACACAGAAUCCGUUAACGUAGAUUCUUCAAUAGAAUUUUACGACUCCUCUACAUCGGUUAGUGUGAAAGAUGAUUCUGAAUCUUUUCAUGAUGCUCAUGAGCAAGAGUCAGUUGUGCCAAUAGGAUAUGAAACGCCAUCUUCAAUAGAAAUGUGCAGUCCAGCAACUGUGAGCAACUUGGCUGACUCUUCCAAAAGAAGUAAGCCUAAAUACACACGAGAUGAUUCGUUAUCUAACUUCUUGUCAUCUAUGCUGAACACUAACGACGAAAGUUUAUCACCUACCUCUCCCACAGCUAGUCACGUUUUCACUUUUGAUGCUAAAGCAACGAAUAAUGAGCGCAAAAACAGUGAAACAUUUUUUGAUUACACUACCCUGCUUAAUGAUAGCUCUUUGAAAAAUGUUCCAGAUAAACCAACUGUUACAGUUUCCCAAAAAAUUAAAAACGAGAGUUCUAAACUUCUAAGAAAUGCUGAAAAGGACAAAUUACCCAACCGGAAACGUCGUCUUUUGCGUAGGAUGUCCUCUUCGCUUAACUAUGGGGAUGAAGAAGUACCUCCUAUUGUUCCAGAACCAAUGAAAAAUCAAGGUUGUACUUCAUCUAGUUUUUCUCCACCGACAAAUUUCAUGCAAUCUAAGCAGCCGAUUCGUGGUACUUUUUCUGCCCCUAUGAUCUCGAGUUGUCCAAUUAUAUAUCCAUGCUGCUGCUUACCGGCGGUGAAUGUGUCUUCCUUUUAUGGUUGCCAAAGUGACGAUAUUCAAAAUUCCUGUGAUAGCCCCUACUGGUCGUCUAGAUGGAAUAGCACUGCAGAUAACCACGAAAUAAAGACACAAACAUCACUGCCUAACAGAAAAUAUAAAAGAAGCCAUAAGCGAGGUAGAUACCUUUCUUGUCCCGUUUCUAUGAACGAUUAUGGUUGUAAUACAUGUCUUCAUCAACGAAAUCUUUCAAAAUCAACUCAAAAUUUGUGUACAGAAACGACAAAUGAUUUUCGCCAUUAUCCAACGAACUUCCAUUCGAAAUCUUUUACUAUACCCCGAUGUAGUGAGUGUUUUUCUAGAUAUGGAGUAAGAACAAGUUCUAAAGAAUAUUUAUCGGAUCCACAGAAUUCAGAGAGCAUUCGAAACGUCCCAAGAGAUUAUUGCAAUCCAUCUUAUUCACGCCCCCUGAGUCAUGACGUGAAUUUUUCUUAUAAACUCAGAAACAGUCAUCCCAUACACAAUAAAUGGAGCUCAACGCCGGACGUUCGGUACGAGUACUCUAAAAUGUCGAACUGUACUACUAAUUCAUGUGAUUAUAAAAGCUGUGAUACACGAACCAAUGUCUCUGAUAAACUAUCAAACGAAUAUACCUACCACUCUCCAGUUUCUAGACAAAUAAAUUCCUCUAAACAUACUGCUUCACCAAAAUCAGGAGAUUUCGGUUUGAAUAGAUACAAAGUGUAUCCGUUUCCAAAGCAAAGAACUUCUGUAGUUAGAGAUCUUCAAGACAAAUCUUCCUUACGCAAUACACAGUUCCUAUCUUCCUCAAAAAAUGAGUUGAAUAACGAAACAUUACGCCAAAAUUUGUCGCCAUCUAGUCAAUAUAUAAAUAGUGAAACAAACUAUCGAAGAACUAUGCCCCUCAGAGCUUGUAACUCAUAUCCACUUCAAGAUAAAGACAAUUCGGAAGAGGAUCUGAACUAUAAUUUUCAAAAUAGACGAUCGUCUUACGUGGACGAGCGCAGUUUUCAAGACUCUAACGACUCUGCUUUCUUUCGUAACAACAAGCGCGAGGUUUUGAUGGAGAAAAAAAUUCGCGUCUUUUCGAAAUUUCUUACCAAUUUAGGGAAUCUUUCCAAAUCGAUAUCAAAUGAUAAAAACGAUAAUAAUCGCAAUAGCACGAGUGAACAGAAGUGUCACGACUUCGCCCCUCUUGAUAAGACAAUGAGAUCCUACCUUUACAGUAAUCAGGAUAAGCAUUUAAAGCCUGAUAAAUGCAAGACGUCGUCACCGGAAUUCGGGAAAUUAUUAAAAAUUUUGAAUUCUAUGGAGUUGAAUAAAAGUGCGACAGAUGUCGAACUGCCGAAGGAAGAUAGUAGUGUUUUUCAUUGUGUGAGUCCAAUUUAUGAAAACAGUGUUUCCUUGGAGCUUAGUGAUAACAGUCAAAGUCCUCAACAUCAUGUUUUCACGCCAAUAUCUUACACCUCUUCUGUAUCCAUGAUCAUUAAUAAUGAUGAUGAUUCUAAAGAUUCUACACACAGGUCAGAUAAAGAGAGUGUGAGCCAAUCACUGAAAGAGGAAAGUCGAAAUUUGUCUAGAAGGAAUAGCAAUAUUCACCGAUAUUCAUUACAGAUGCCUUUCAAAGAAGUUUCACGGGAUCUGCAGGAACUUCAGCUGUCUAUAAAAAAAGCCAAAGAAAUGAGAAUCUCGGCAUCUAAAGAACUUCAUUUAUUACAAGAGCUUCUUUCUAAAGACACUCAUGAAGAACAUGAAAUAGUCAAUGAAAAAAACAGUUUUUCUAUUUCUCAACAAAAAUAUCAAAACGAGAAAGGAGAUGGAGAAAACAAGGAUAAUACGAGAGAGGCCUUGGCUGAUCUUCGGAAAAACUCUGCCGGUGGAUCUAAGGAAGAAACAUUUUGGCAAGAAGAAAUUAAGAAGAUGAAGGAAGAAAAUGACGCGGUAUGGCAGAGCAAAUUAGAUAUUUUAGAAAAAAGGCUAGCUAGUCAAGAAGAAGAACUUCACAUAGUUCAGAGCGCAAAUGAAACGUUACAGAAGCAGUUGGAACUGCAAACCUCGAUGUCUCAUAGUUGCCACUGUAGGACUGAUGUGGUUCAAAAUGGCGUGGGUCGAACAGAUUCAGCAUUUGAAGAUGACGAAGAUUAUAUGAAUCACAAGUCUUCCAUUCCUAUCCACUCUUCGCGACAGGAAUGUGAAAGACUUCAAGAGCAACUUUUAGAAGCAGAGCAAAGAGCUGAUCAGCUCAAUUUGCUGUACAAUCAGAAACUGAUUGAGUUAAAUAAGCUUCAGCUCACAUUUUCCAAGCAGACCAAGGAAAUGAUCGAGCUUGAAAAGUCCUAUCUUCAACUGCAGCAUCGUUCAAGGAAAGGAACCACUAAACCUAUGGUUGCUAGGUUGUGUUCAAGAACCUCUCCUUUUAAUUCCAAAAACUUGUGCCCAAAACCAUCCCCACCUGCAACUCCGAAUCCUUAAGGGAGUUUCAGAACACUAUAUCAGACAUUGAAGUCUUCCAGCAUGUUCACUUGCAUCAGACCAAAGAAUAAAUCCUAUUCAUUACACAUCAUUGAGCUUCUUCAGUAUAUAGUCACCUUCAUAUUUGAACUUUCUUUCUCAGAAAGAACAAUAAGUCUUUGCAUUUAUUAUUUUUUGAUAUGUCAUUGUAUUUAAAAUAUAUUUUUGAAUUUCAUUUUUGGUUUUUAAUAAUCAUUUUUCGUCACAAAUGGAUGUUUUGUUAAAAAAUUCACCAGCAAUUAUCAAACAGUGCCUUAUUACGCACCAAGCCUAAUCAUUAAAUAAUUUUUGUAUUGAAAUAGAAAAAGAAUUAAAAACAAAUCAGCGUUAUUUUUUUAAACAAAUGUAUGGGCAAUUCAAUGUCCAGUGAAGAAAAUAAGAAACGUUUUUUUUUAAUAAAUAAAAGGGAUUAAUAUUAUAUAUAUAUAUUUAUAAUAAAUUAACAUUUCUUAUGUUCAUUUAACUAAAAUAUCAAUUAAUUUUAAGUGUCAACUGAACAGUGGAUUUGCCCAUGUA